CGACUAUUAGGGAAUUUGAUCAUCCCUUUUUCUUUACCUCAACUUCUCUCUCUCUCUCUCUCUCUUUUUUUGGGUAGAACUCUCUCAAUUUUUUCAUUGUGAUCUUUUAACUCAAUCAUUCUCUCUCAUUUGUUAUCCGUUUUAACUCAAUCCACCACUAUCGACGACUGCGGUGUUGGUAAUCAAACAAAAGCUGCUAAUAUUUCGCUCAAGAAUUUUGGUGGGUUGGAAGAUGGAUCUGCCAUCCAUCGUUGAAGACUCUAUGAUGACUUGGGUUACCGUCUUACCGAAGUCUCGCGGCGGCCAGGUUGUUGAUGGAUUCAAUACCUUUUCGUUUCAUUAUAUUGUUCUUCUUUCGUUUUUUUUUUUUUUGAGUCGAUUUUAUCGUUUUCAAUUUCUUUUGCUUUUAGUUAUCUGGGACCGGGUACAGCUGCUACUGCGGAAACAAAGAGAUGAGUCCUUAAGAGGUGAAGCUAAGUGGGUAUGAAGCUACCACAAUGAAGGUCCAUUGUUGAAGAAGAAGACGGUCGGAGCUAUAGAACCGAUUCGGAUUCAAUAAAUCCCUUAAAUAACCCAGGAUCCUUCAGUAAGUCAUUUUGAUUCUUUUUUUUUUUGUUUUUACUUUGUUGCUAGUAUAUCACUGAUCCACUGUUUGCCCAAUUUUCUCAGAUAUACUACUGCUUGGGCAACGACGGGAGAAUCGGUUUAGAAUAACACAGUUUCCAGGAGAUCAACAUGUGUGAGGGGAAAGAGUGGACCAAACACCCACAACCAAAAACCAAAGCAGAGGCAUAAAUGUUGCCAAGAAGAGUCAUGCAAUUGAGACGACGGGGUGAAAGCCGGGAUUGGACGAACCACAUCAACUACGAAGUUAAGGAUAUGCAACUCAAUCAAUAUUUUCCCUUUGAAUUCACUGUUAAGUUCUUUCCAUAAUUUUUCACUCAUUUGUUUUGAUGCUCUGUGGUCUCUGGCAUUUAAUCGGUUGUUUGUAUGCAUGUACUUAGAGUAGAAUUCUAUUUGUUGCUACCUGAUUCUAUUUGUGUAAGUCCAUGAUCCAUUCGUCUAUGUAGUCACACUUGAUGCUUUGUGAAAUUCUACAGCUCUAGCCUACUUUCAGAAUCAGAAUCAUGGUGGUUGAGCUUUGAUGUAAAUUUAGCUCCCUUCUUCUCGGGUCACUGAAUGAGAAAUUUCCUUUGUAUACUGAGUUUUCGUCAACAUCAUUAUUGUUGAUAUGACUUGAAUCGGAUUAUCAGCCGCUACGACUGGUAAUCGGGGGUCUCGCUGCCCGGUCAGCGAGUGGGGUCCAGGGGCAACGCUCCGGUGGGGGUGUAUUUACACCUAAAAUAUUUUUGGCCUAUAUUCAAUGCCGUAAUAAUGAGUCUCGGCAUUUAAUUCGAUACCGCAUGGCCAAAACGAUGUCGUUUGGAGUCGAGCAAUACCGCGGAGAAUUUAAGCGAGACCGCGAAGAGGCUCGGCGGUACCGUGGUACUUGAAACGACAUUGGUUGCUGGCCAUGUGUGAGUCAUGCGCAGGACAUGUGUUGCUGUUGGACAAGGAAUGUUUUUAAUUCUCUUUUUCCUUGUCGGAGGAGGAGAGUAAUAGCACCGUUUGGAGUCAAGCAAUGCUGAGAAGAGAUAAAACGGUGCCGCGAACGUCAAAGCUCAACGACACCGGGACAAGCGGCAUCGCGAGACUGGGAAACGGUGUCGUUUGGCUAAAAACGGCACCGCGACAAGCGGCAUCGCGGAUGAGUUAAAACGAUACCGCGAAACAAAAAACGGUACCGCAAGGAAGCUCAGCGGUACCGCGGCACUGGAAACAACACUAUUUACCAGAAAAUAAGAAGGGGCCGCGCGUUUUAGUGUUGGUGUCGGGAAGGAGUUUUUUCUGUUUAUAAUUAAUUAUUAUUUUUAUUCCUUGUUGGAAGGGGAAAAUCGGUUCCGCAUGGAGAUAAACGGUAUCGCGGAGAGUCAAAACGGUACCGCGGAUUUAAAAACGAUGCCGCGAGAACCUGGUAAGCGGUACCGAUUAAUUAAACCAAAAUUCGCCUAGUCCAAUGCAAGCGCCGAUUGGCGGCGGUUCCAUGGAAUAUUUUCGGCUAUAUCAGCGGUGUCGUUUAAAUUAAAAACGGUACCGCGAGUAAGCCCAACGGUACUGUUGUAUAGCAAACGACAGUGUUUAAAUAUUUAAACAAUGUCGCGGAAAGAAAAACAAACAGAGCUGUUUGGAGAGGAAACGACACCACGGAGCUUGAAAACGAUAUCGCGCGAGGAAUCAGCAAUACCGCGGUGGUGGAUAAAGCUGCGAGCUAAACAACAUUGCGGUGGAGAGAGAUGUCGUGGUCGCGAAUCUAGCGGCGUUGCUAGUGCGGCAAUGUCACGAAGUUCAAUAAUGCCGCAAGGCCAAAGCAACAUCGUGGAGUUCAACGAAGGCCAUCGACUUUGUGUGCUCAACGACGCCGAGAGAUUAACAAUCUAGUGGCGAGUACGCGGUGACGAGGGUGAAACAAUAAUGUUGUUUUAAUCGAUGGCGGUAUCGGGAUUCGAACCAUGGUACAAAGUUGAUGUGUGUGCACGUGACUUUUACGCAAAGCAGAAAGAGGAGAUCAAGGCAGUUGAGACACGUGGGAUUUCAGGACGGAGCAGUUGAGGAAGCAGUUCUACAGAGCGUGAAGACUACGAAGUUGGUUUUAGAUAAAAUCAACCCUGCAAGGAGAGAGGGAGGACAACCAAAAAUCAACAAAGAUCAACUCUGUUCAAACUUUACCUUUUCUCUGUAACUCCUUCGCGGAGCUCUCCUUCCAGGAAGGAUCUCCAUAGUUGUAGUCUUAGUCGUAGUCGCGGAGCUCUCCACAGGAAUCUCCAUAGGAGUAGCGGUAGCGUAGAUUCCUCAAAACUCAAACACUCUCGUUCGAACGUAGUUUGGAGAGGUGCGAACCGUAGUAACGGUCGUUCGUGGUUAGAAGUCAGAGGUGCAUCGAUCAAAUCAACACCGCUCGACGAUGGAUAUUUGACGGUCACGUUGAUUUCACCAUUUAGAGGUGCAUCGAUCAAAUCAACGGCGCCGACAUUCAGCGGCCGAUAUUUGACGGUCGUCUCGAUUUCAGCAAUCAGCGGUGCAUUCGACCAAACGACACCGCAGGAGUUUCCACCGCGAAACAUCAAAUCAACAUCGCCGGAAACGAAUUCGGUACCGGCGGUAGCAUUUGGUUUUCCCGAGGAAACAUUUUGGCACACCCGGUGGGACACGUGUGUUUGAAGUGAAAUAUGGCUCUGCAACAUGGAAAACACAACGUUGAUCUUUCACAAGAAUCUGUGAAGGUGGAGCAUGUGGUCGGCAUUGAAGUUGACCGAGCAGAGGAGGCAGAUAGACAUGUCGGUUGGAUGAAGGAGUGGCCCCAAUCCAUGUCGAGCAUCGAUGAACAUGUUGCACUUCUGUCUCUUCGUCGAUCUGUAGAUGAGUACUACCGGCAGAUAAAUCUCUAUUUUAUCUCUUUAAAUAAGCCUUGUGAUUCUCUUGGAAGACAUAUGGAUAAAUUUUUUGAGAUGAUAGAUGAACAUGUUUCCGGUAUUGCCAAUAAGGAUUCACUUAAACU